ACACGUCCCUGAACUGGUGAUUUUUAGACAACAGGAGUCUUCUCAUCUUUGAUAUUAUAUUGCAUAUGAUAAAAUGCAGAAAACAUGGGAAAAUAAAAAACAAGCAACAAGGCAAAUAAGUUGUUAGAACUUAAUGUUGAUUUACCUAGUUAAAAAUCUCUGUGUUUGUUUUUGUUGUAUUAGGCUAAGUCUAGAGUUAAUAUUGUCAACUAUGUGUUACUUAUUUUGUGGGUCAGAAAGUAGGGGUGUGGUAUAUAAAACAGAGAUACUGCUUCAAGUCAUGAGGUUUGUCAAAUCUUGCGAUGGUUUACGUGCUAAUAGAAGUGAAACCAUGAGUACUACUACUACUCCGAGUGACUUAAAUUGAGAUCGAUGAACCCUUCAGAUGUAAGAAUGUGCUGGAGAAGAAGCAGCUGCUCCAAGGAACAGCGAGAGCAAGAGUUCAAAAAAAAAAAGGAUCUUCUCAAGUAAAUUUCCAUAUUUUCACAUCUAAUGACAAAGGCUCGAGGCCCUGGUUAAUGAUCCAACCAAGUUGUCAGUUAAUUGGCCUUUCAGUGACACAAAACAAACUUUGCCGAGAAGAAACUGUAAUGACUUUUUGAAGAGUUUGAUAUGACGAAGUGUAUGUAUCUCUGUAUGGCCAAACUUCUCAGGCUUGCUUGGAUUAGAAGCUUCUGCUCUCGUCAGUUUCUUGUCGAAGAAGCAAAGUGGUCCCAUGUUUUCAAAAUUUCACAAGAGAAUCAUCAUUUCACUACAUUAGUUUAAGAGCCCAAUGAAAUUAUUGUAGAUGUUAUCUUGCCUUUAAGGAUUCCUCUUACAUGUGGGGGCCCAUAUCAGCCUUUAAGAUAUUCACAUAUGUAAUUAUAUACAUUAACAUACCAACAAUAAACGGUAAGAGCAUCUCCAAUGUGAAACUCUAUUUUUUCCUCUAAAAUGGAGUAAAAUUAUUCCAACCCUACUCCAUUUCUCACUCCAUAAUGGAGUGAUGAACAAAAAAAAAUAAAUUACUCCAUUUAUGGAGUAAAUUUCAUUAUGGAGUGAGAUAUGAAGUUGGGUUGGAGCAUUUUUUACUCCAUAUUCACUUUUACUUCAUUUUAGAGAAAAAAAUAGAGUGGAGAUGGAGAUGCCCUAACCAAGAAAAAUAAAAUACCAAUCAAUAAUAUUCAUCCAUUAUCUUCGUUAUCAGAACUACAUGUGCAACCAGUUGAUUUUAGUAGUGUAUAUUACAGUCCAUGAGCCUUUAAGAUACUUUAAAUAAUGAAUCAGCAGUAUUCAUGCAUAUCUUCGCUAUCAGAACCACAUGUGCAACCAAUAUAUAGAUCUUAGUAGUAUAUAUAUAUUACAGCCCAUGAGCUUUAAAAAUACUUAAAUCAAGAUCUCGGAUUUUGAAUUAUAGAAGGCAGACAAGAUCUGAAUACUACCAAUAAAGGUGCAGAAUCGUUAGCUAUCUUAAUAGUCUUUUUUUUUUGUAACACACAUCUUAAUAGUCUUUUAUAAGACAAUCCUUGUGAUAAUAACGAGGACAAACGCAUUAUUGAAACAAGUUAAUGAGUUAUAUAAACAAAAGGCCGAAGAAAAAAACGAAUUUAUGAAAUUAAACACGAGAAGUUGAAUGUGAAAUUCAUUAGAAAUUACACCAAAUCCACACAAGUAAAAUGGUUCUAAGAACACGCUCAAAACUCAGAACACAAGUGUUUUUGUAAAUUAAAAAGUAUAUAUUUACGUAGUAAAUUUAAGGUUAAUAGUUAUUUAAUACAAAUACUCGUAUUUAUGUAAGAGUAAAAGAAUUAAAUGAUCAUAUCUUAAUAUACUGGAGUAUAUUUUUGUCAAGAUAGGUUGGUAAUGUUUCCAACAAACCCUAAGUACAACUUUUAACAGCAAGGAUUACUUUGAUUAAGAGGGACACAAUAGCCAUUGUUGUGCGUCUCAAGACUAUUUUCACCUCUCUUCUUUUAACUUCGGGGGAAAGGGUUUACUUACCUUUUGUUUCACUUUUUCUUAUUUUAAUAAAUUUUUAAAUUGAUAUCAGUCGCUGACUCAUACUAAUUUUGUUGGAUGAGAGGUGAAAACACUAAAAACUUUAUGUAUCAAGUAUGGAACAAAAAUAAAUUAUGCAUAUUUUUUCUAGUAAGGAAUUUGUAUUAAAAUUCGCCUACAUAAUAAAAUUAUAUAUAUAUAUAUAUAUGUAUAUUAUUUUAAAAUUCAUUCGAAAAAAUGUUACAUCUUGUGAGGGUUUAACACAUGCAACUUCCUAUGAUAGCUAGUUUAGUUAUAGUUACUGUUUUUACAACAAAUAGAAAUCAAAUGCCGAAGCAAUGAUAUAGAAUACUAAAAUUGUUUCCAAAGGGAAAUGAUGAUUUUUAAUUGUCUUUAAAUUUACUUUUAAAAGGAAAAAAAAUCGAAACUAUUUGAUUUAGAGCCCACAUGCGACGUAAAUAAAUAGUCAUAUCGAUCGGUGGAUCGGUGGAUCGGUCAGAGUUUAUGAUUGAAAAUCAGUUUGGGAAUUGGGACCCAUAUACUAACUUUGUUUUUGGAGUUGUUUUUGAAGAUUGAGUUAGUUUUUUUUUGACUAAAGAUUGAGUCAAUUUCUGUAUUAAGAGAAAACACUGGAGAUAGUUUCAUGCACAAAUUAGAGAAAGAGUCGAAAACUGAUAACAUCUAGAAUUAAGAUUUUAUCAGUAUUAUUAUAUAAUAUAUAUGAUAAGACGAAGAGAGGUUAUAAUGAAUUGUUCCUAUUACAUUAUUAUCAUGCCACUCGAAUUUAAGAGAUUCGUAUUGUGUGUGCAUUCUUGAAAAGAAGUUACAAAUAGUCUGCCACCUCUGAUUUUGUCAUGUACGUCUUCUCUCUUAAAUAGAGCUGGCUUUGGAAGAAAGCCGUGCGACGUUCAAAAAAAUGAAGAAAACCGUGCUUCCGGCCACCAAAUAUUAUGAUCUUAAACGGUCACAUAUGGACAGAAAGUUCUCAGUACCAAUGGUUGGCUUGAUCUUAUAUGUGUUACAGGUUGUGGAUCGAGAGAUUCUGACCAUAAUUUUUUAUAUUGCUUUCUAGCACUUAAUUACUAGGACCGGCUCUGCUCUUAAAUUAUUACUUUUCCAACAAAUAAACAGAGUAGUUUUAUUUAAGAGAUCUGCAACCAUGUAAUUAAAGUAUAUGAAUAUUUAUGUGAAAUAAUUAUAUAACCAAGAAAAAAGUAGAGAAAACAGAAAAAGACGUAUCGAGUAGUAGUAGUGAGGAAGUCUUAAUUAAUUUACCUCACAAAAAGAAGAGUCCCAAUUUCAACUAUAAAUACAACAUCCCACGCGAGACUACACAACAACACCAAAUAAAAAAAGGCAUACUACUAAAUCCAUCUUUUCUUAAAUUAACAAGAAUGGUUUCGGUCACAUUAUCAGAAGCAUCAAGAAGCCGAUCAAAGAAGGUGUGUGUGAUUGGAGCUGGACCGUCUGGGCUAGUCUCGGCAAGGGAGCUAAGAAAAGAAGGACACAAAGUGGUGGUGAUGGAGCAAAACAACGACGUAGGAGGUCAAUGGUUGUAUCAACCAAACGUGAAAGAAGAAGAUCCUUUAGGAAGUGUUCCUACUAAUGGUGCACUUAAGGUCCAUAGCAGCAUUUACUCUUCCUUGAGGCUAACCUCACCGAGAGAGAUAAUGGGUUAUUCGGAUUUUCCAUUUCUAGCGAAGAAAGGGAGAGAUAUGAGGAGGUUUCCAGGGCAUAAGGAGCUUUGGUUGUAUCUUAAGGACUUUAGUGAAGCUUUUGGGGUAAGAGAGAUGAUUAGGUUUAAUGUCAGGGUUGAGUUUGUAGGGGAAGAAGAUAAAAAUGAAGAUGUGAAGAGAUGGAUUGUGAGAAGUAAAGAGAAACUAAGUGGUAAGGUCACUGAAGAGAUCUUUGAUGCUGUUGUUGUUGCUACUGGUCACUACUCUCACCCUAGAUUGCCCUCUAUAAAAGGAAUGGAUUCUUGGAAAAGAAAGCAAGUUCAUAGCCAUGUUUACCGGGUGCCUGAUCCAUUUCGUAAUGAGGUAGUGGUGGUGGUUGGGAACUCAAUGAGUGGACAAGACAUAUCAAUAGAGCUUGUGGAAGAGGCAAAGGAAGUUCAUUUAAGUUCCAAGUCACUUGACAUAACUUCUGGACUUUCCAAAGUCAUUUCCAAAUACCCAAACCUUCAUCUUCAACCACAGAUUGAAUGUUUAAAAGAUGAUGGGAGAGUCAUCUUUGUGGAUGGAUCUUGGGUCGUCGCUGAUACAAUUUUAUACUGCACCGGGUACUCGUACAAGUUUCCAUUUCUUGAGAGUAAAGGAAGAGUAGAAGUGGAUGAUGAUAGAGUCGGUCCACUCUUCGAACAUACUUUCCCUCCGCCUCUCUCCCCUUCUCUCUCCUUUGUCGGUAUCCCUAGAAAGUUAAUAGGGUUCCCAUUCUUUGAAGCACAAGCAAAAUGGAUAGCACAAGUAUUGUCUGGAAAGUUAUCUCUUCCUUCUUCCGACCAAAUGUUGCAAUCUGUCGCUGACUUUUACCGGUCAAGAGAUCUCGCUGGUGUCCCUAAACACAACACUCACGACAUUGCUGAUUUCACAUAUUGCGACAAGUAUGCAGAUUAUGUUGGCUUUCCGCAUUUGGAAGAAUGGAGAAAACUACUUUGUUUGUCUGCUCUCGACAAUUCACAAGAAAAUCUUGAGACGUAUCGUGAUUGUUGGGAUGAUCAUGAACUCCUUCAAGAAGCUAUGCAAAGCUCUCACUUUACAAAUUUCAAUUCUUGAAACUCUUCUCUUGUUAUGUAUUCUUUGUUUUGUUAAAUUAUUUUGUUACGUUAGUACGUUACAAAGAAAGACCUCUCUUUCUUCCUUUUUAUCUAGUUUGGUUCGUUAUGGUUUGUUUGAUAUUUUUGUAUUUAAUUAUUUAGACAUUUGUUUCCUUCGAUACA